GCCAACAACGCGCUUUACUCCGUAGGAGUGGCCCAGUGUUUCGAUAUCGCCGCACCCGGCGUGAUCCAGAGCAGUUCAGUUAUAUGGUGCUAGGGCGAAGGAAAUUAUCGUUUGAGGUUUGGUAUUUUGAUUCAGGCCAUCUCUGAGCCAGUGGACAUAACCAUGGCUCUUUACGAAUAUGUCACACAGGAGCAACUUGCGGGCUUCGACAAAUACAAGUACAGUGCAGUGGACACAAACCCUCUGUCUGUCUAUGUCAUGCACCCAUUCUGGAACUUCGUAGUUAAGUUUCUACCAACAUGGCUGGCCCCAAAUCUGAUAACAUUCACCGGUUUUAUGUUUCUGGUAUUGAACUUCCUCAUGUUGGCCUUCUUUGACUUUGACUUCUAUGCUUCCGCUGCAGGACAUGAACACGUGCCAAGUUGGGUCUGGGUUGCUGCAGGGAUCUUCAACUUUUUGGCUUACACACUUGAUGGUGUUGAUGGAAAACAGGCACGACGCACCAACUCCUCAACACCACUGGGGGAGCUUUUCGAUCACGGACUAGACAGCUGGGCCUGCAUCUUCUUUGUGGCCACUGUUUACUCCAUAUUUGGACGUGGCGAGAGCGGCGUGAGCGUGCUUACGCUGUAUUACAUCCUGUGGGUGGUGCUGUUUUCCUUCAUACUGUCUCACUGGGAGAAAUACAACACCGGCAUCUUGUUUCUACCGUGGGGAUACGACAUUAGCCAAGUGACCAUCUCUAUGGUUUACCUGGUCACAGCUGUCGUUGGAGUAGAAACAUGGUACCAGCCUGUGUUUUUGCACUUCCUCUACAGAGACCUAUUUACCUUCAUGAUCAUUGCCUGUUCCUUCACUGUGACUUUACCCAUGAGUCUCUACAACGUCAUGAAGGGGUACCGCAGCAACAGUUUAAAGCACAGCAGCCUUUAUGAAGCCUUCCUUCCCUUCCUUUCUCCAUUUCUCCUCUUCAUCUUGUCCACCAUUUGGGUGGUGUUCUCUCCUUCCAAUAUUCUUGAGCAACAGCCCAGGAUCUUCUACCUCAUGGUGGGAACGGCCUUCGCAAAUGUAACGUGUAAGCUGAUUGUGUGUCAGAUGAGCAUCACGCGCUGUCAGGCACUGAGCUGGCUGUUGCUGCCCAUGUCUUUGGUGGUCGUGUUGGCAGUAACAGGGACCGUUGCCAAUGAGUCAUUGCUGCUGUUCGCGUGGACGGCCGCUGUUGUACUAGCACAUAUACACUAUGGUGUAUCAGUGGUACAACAGCUCAGCGACCACUUUAACAUCUUUGCCUUCUCUCUGAAGAAGCCCAACAGUGACUGACAUGAGGAGGAACGAAUUGGCCUGAAAGAGGCGGAGGUUUAAGCAUCUCCUCUCCUCUACUAUACCGACACUUCACUUUUAUCACCACGGAAACCACAUCCCCUCCCCUCCACCCAUGAGGAUGCCUCAGUGUUUGACCAUCAAAUAAAAAAUAUAUAUAUAUAUAUCACGAUACACCAAGCGCUCAUUUUCCAAACCAACCAACCUAAGCUCUGGUCUUGGUGAUGGGGUGGACCUAGGGGCUCUGGCUUCCGUCACUGGUGAUUGGCUGACUUGGUUGAGCCAAUGAGGUGCAAUUGUUUCCUACGGAAAUGUACUUCAGUCAUGAGAACAGGAGCCUAGACAAGCCAUGCAAAUGCUCACACAUUAAAAUGCGUAUCUGCUUCCAUGCAGAUAUUUUAUAUGUUGUGGCUGGCUUCCAGUGCAACCAAAGCCAGUCACACCGUUGCAUUUGCAGAGUAUUAUGAAUGUACGAUACGCCUUGGGGAAAACACCAUUUCAGUUAAUUGCAUUGGCAGAAAGUGACACUAUGACCUCGUAGUACCUCUGAACUCUGGCCACACAUCCACAGCAGUGCCCAAAGUAUAAUGGUUCAGUCACCUCUUCAUCUACACAGGAUUUUCAAUGGAAAACCCCUAACACAUGUUAAUAACUAAAAACAUAGAUAAUGUACAUGUUAAGGGUAUGGGGUGUUUUAUUUUCAAUUAAAUAAAUCUUUAAAAAUUGUGAUUGAUUCCGAAAGAUGUUAUGUUAAUUUACAUUUGAUUUGUUAAAAUUCUGGCCUGAAGCAGGGCUACUGUGACUAAAUAUAAUUGAGAAGAACUGACCAGGAUAACCUUUGACCCUGUCCACUCUACUAAUCGUUGACCUGUGUCUGAGCACUGGCCUCCUUGCUCUCCGUAACCUCUGAGGUGUCGCGUGUUCACGCUGAUUCGUUCCUUUCUUUUAUUUUUAAUUGUGUUUAUCUGUGUUAUUCAUUUGUCUGUUUCCAUGGCGUUGGUGUGUGGUUUAGUUUUUGCAGCGCUUGAAUGAAGAGUGUGUCCAAAAACCUGACAUGGAGCGGACCCACUCUGAGGGAACAAAGAGCUGCACACGUCACCACAAACGCCACACAACACUGCCUGGUGUCACGUUGUCCUCCAUACACACAUCGCACCUGGGACAGGACUGUCAGGUUACUUGGAUGUCGUGAGUGUAGUUGUUGGUCUCUGUAGUCUGGUGGUUCUUACUGUGUAUGCAUUGUCCUGGAUAUUCAGUGGUUAGUGCAGACUGAAUCAGCUCAUCAUGUUUGUUUUUACUGCCAGGCCACAUAAGAUGAUUUCAAAUUUAACCAGAAGAAACAGCAUUUAAAGAAAGCCUUGUUCUUUGGAGCUACUGUAUGUGUUUGCUGAUUAUCACCACAAAUUUGUGAAUUUGCAGAGAAACUGAAUGUUAUUUCUAAUGAUUAUCCAAUGUAAUCAUCUUUUUUUUUUUUUAAACCUUUUUCUUAAUUUUUUUAAAUAGUUUUGUACAACGGUGCAGGUGAAUGCACAACCUCGUAUGUCAGUGCAGUACUACAUAUGAUUUAAAGUGACCCUCUUCUCUUUUGUAAUACACACAAAAACAUCUAUUUCUGUAUCCAAACUAGGAGAGCUGCAUAAGCAUACAAUAAUAGCCAAUGUUAUGACUCAAAAGGCCUUUUUAAUGAAGCCCCACAUUUGUGACUGUGAAGAUUAGAUUAUAGCAACAUAAGAAAAAACUUCUGUCUGGUAUGUGCAGAUCAUUUUCAUUUCUGUUAAUGUAUAAGUGUAUAACCUGUAUUUGUGAUUAUUUGUAAAUACAUUUCCUUCUUUUUUUAUUGUAGUUUUGAAUUGUGUUGUUAAAUUUGCAGGCCAUGAGACUAUGCCAAUGAGAGGAGACAUUUUAAUCAUGUUUAAAGCAAUUGCUACAGUCAUAAACAGGUGGCUUUUUGUGACAUUAAGUUGUUUUUGUUUUUUAUCUACACUGAUUUAAGCACUGAUCACCGUGAACUACUUUGAAGGUUGCAGUCAUUAAAAUAAAAUGUACGAUCAUUUCAAGCA